AUCGGACAGUGGGGGGACCGGGAACGGUGCGCCGGUAGCAGGACGGUGAGACUUCGCAUGGACUGUUGGUCCAUAUAUCACAUAAAUUAUUGGCUGUGCUGCAUCCGGUGGGACCACCGCAGCGACAAUAUUACGACCUGUAUUUCUCGUCCAUGGGAUAAAAGGAGAGGGAUGGUCAUAAUGGUGUAAUUGAACAGGAGACCUCUCACACACCAAACCAACCAUUAGACCAAGAUAAAAUCCUUCAGGUCUCAAAGUGACAUUUGGGCAUAAAACUCUCAGGCACGACUACCUCAUCACGAAGGCGUGGCGAUUCCAAAUAACCCCUACUACAAUGGCAACCACAGCCCCUACGCCGGUGCCUCUGACUGUCCUGUGUCGCUGGUACCUGUACGCCAUCCACGGCUACUUCUGUGAGGUCAUGUUCACCGCCGCCUGGGAGUUUGUGGUCAACCGCGACUGGAAGUUCCCUGGUGUUACCAGUGUGUGGGCUCUGUUCAUCUACGGGACCUGCAUCCUCAUUGUGGAGCACAUGUACCUGGCCCUCCGAGCUCUCCAAUGCCCCCUGCUGCUGCGAUGCCUCAUCUAUACCCUAUGGACGUACAUCUGGGAGUUCAGUACAGGGCUGUUGUUGACCCAGUUCGGGGCAUGUCCCUGGGAUUAUUCCCAUUUUCAGUAUAACUUCAUGGGGUUGAUCACGGCAGAGUACGCCCUGCCAUGGUUCUGUGCGUCGUUCAUGACGGAGCAACUGGUUAUACGCAACACACUGCGGCUAAGGAUGGACACAGACGGAACAGAGGACGUCAAGUCUGAUGCAGGCGGGGGAGAAGAUGGGGGAGGAGGGGGGAGGAGACAACGGGUUGAACAAGGAGGUACAGAGGUCAAUGGUUUCCUGAAAGUAGACUGAGGACUGAGCAAAGAACACUGAGGUCCAGUUUUAAAGACACUGAUAAACCUAAUAGUGGACUAAAAAGCCUUCUCAAGGGAUAAUCUCUAUUGAAAGUGCUUUUUAGUCCAGGACUAGGCUUAAUCUGGGUCCAGAAAACGGUCCCUGAAUCGUAACUCUUCCUUCUGGGAAAUGUACAUUGAAUUUUUAUUGAACAACAUUCAAAGUACUGUAGUUAUGUAGCUUCAGGUUGCAAUCUGAAGUAAGUUCUGUAUUGACUAUCAAAUUUGACUGGGUCCUAAAGCAAUGCAAUAGCUUCAAUUCAUUGUCAUGUGGAGAAUUUUUUUCUAAAGUUAGUGAUAGAGUUCUGUUUGCACUGCAGUCUGUUUCAAAAGGCAAUUGAUUUAGGGUAGUCUACAACUCAGUUAGGUGUACUCCUAUAAUGUACUGUAUGUAUUGCACAUGCCCUAGCAUGCUAUAUGAAUGAUCUCUCAGGUACCCACAUUAACUGUGGGCUGUAUCUACUGUUCUUCCAAAUGAAAGAAAUCAGGAUUUCUAUGUUCAGAACCUUGGUAAUGUCUAGAGUUACCCUCCUGUGGAUUUGCACUCUAACCCCACUUGUCAUUGUAUUUAACCUUUAUUUAACUAGGCAAGUCAGUUAAGAACAAAUUCUUAUUUACAAUGACUGCCUAGGAACAGUGGGUUAACUGCCUUGUUCAGGGACAGAAUUACAUAUUUUCACCUUGUCAGCCCAGGGAUUUGAUCUAAGCAACCUUUCAGUUACUGGUCCAACACUAUAACCACGAGGCUACCUGCUGAACUUGGUUCAGUUUAUCAACCAGCUAAUUAUUAGAUUAUCAGGUGCGGUAGACUAGGGUUGGGGUGAAAACCUACAGGAGAGUAGUGCUCUAGGAAUUGAUAAGAUACUGCACCUGAACGCUUGAUCUGAAGUGUCAUAUGAAUACUGUAUUACCACAAAUCUUUCCCAACAUCCAAAUCCUGUAGUUGGUGCGAGAUUUGGUUCUGGGUUCCUUCAGAGAUUAUAUUGGCACCAACAACAACCAUAGGAUUUGACAAGACAGCACAAACAGAUGUGGGACCUUAGAGAUAGAAUUACAUUCUGUUUGUGGGACAACCAGGAUACCUCACGCGGAUUCAAAAGCAGUAGAUCAACAAUGCAAAGUGAUGAUGAUUAUAGUAUUUUUUUUUUUUCAAUCGCUUUGGUGCUAUUUCCACAAGUAUGUGGGGAAUUUUCAAAACUCUUCGUACAAAACUCCAACUGUACUGCACUUUUUGUGCAUUCAUUUUGUUUGAAGACAUCUUUCACCACACAACCAUUAAUCCAAAGAUCCCAGUUUACUGUGAAAUACCAUGAGAACAUUGACUUAAUCACCAAAACACAACAAUGAUAUCUUCUCAAUUUAGUUAUUUUAAUAACCAGUUAAUCAAUAGUAAAAAAAUGCUGAAAAUACAUGUUUAAAAAUUGCCCUUUGAAUGUAACAUGCUACUGUACUAUAAAUUACAGUACAUUACACUGUUUUCACAUUACACUUGCACUACCCAUUCAAAUGUACUGAACCUCAAAUGUCCAUCAUUUCUAUACCAUGUGUGAUCAAAGGUGUGCAAAUGGAAGACAUCUUUCAUCUUUCACAGUCAUUGAUGCAGAAAUGUAAUGUAUUGUUCAAAUAUCAUUACAACAUACUGUAGGUGUUUUGUAACCAAUUGAAAGGAAUGUAAAACAUUUUUUUUUAUGUUUAACAGGCAUUAGUUUGCAUCAAAGGUUGUCUUGAGAAUUUGGCCAUUGGCUCAUAUCGACAUGGCAGUAAAUGUCCUCAUUGUUCAUGCUCGGGGAGAAAAACAUUUUGGCAUGGUGAAUCCAAGCCUUAGUUCUGGACUUGAUGUCACUGCAUGCCUCAUCCAUGGCCUGAAUGAGGGUGGUCAGUUCAUGGGGAUUGCAAUCAUACAUCUUCUACCUGUAUUGUAAUCAUGUAUUGUAUUUUACAGUAUUGAAUUGUAAUUAUAUGUAUUAUAGUGGUCCUGUACGUGGCUCAGUUCAUAAGAGCACGGCACAAGCAACACCAGAGUUGUGGGUUCAAUUCCAAUUGGGGUCACAGUUGAAAAUCUUCAGACUCACUGUUGUCACUUUGGAUAAAAACGCAUGCUAUGUAAAUGGAAUAUAUUACAGUUACAAUGCAAUUUUAUUUAAGCGGUGUGACC